AUAGUGCGGAUUCUAUGCAAACUUUCCUACAUGAGGCUCAUGUUAGAGCUACAGUAGGAGUUCUUCAUCUCGAACUACUUGAACACAUCUUUGCUAUGGAAUGGUAGCUAGAUCAUGUGAUAUGAGUGGGUGUGUUCUUUUUCUUCCUUGGAUGCUGUUUGCUGACUGUUCGACGUAGCUGGCUGUUAAAGUCCUAAAAUGGCGAACUUGCACCUGAGAAUUGGGGACUUGGUUUGGGGGAAGCUUGGCCGUUAUCCACCAUGGCCAGGGAAGGUUGUAAGUCCCCCCAAGGACUUGAAGAAACCAACAGGCAAAAAAUGUUUUUUUGUUAAAUUCUUCGGAACCGAAGAUCAUGCUUGGAUAAAGGUGGAACAACUGAAACCCUACCAUCCACACAAGGAGGAGAUGAUCAAAAUUAACAAAGGCAAAAGGUUCCAGCAGGCAGUGGAUGCAGUGGAAGAGUUCUUGAAGAAAGGCAAAGGAAAGGAACAGGCAUCCCAUAAUGCUAGUUCUGAAGACAAAAGCAAAUCUAUCCUGGCUGGUGGGAAAAAGCGCAAGAGUCCAACAACAGUGAAAGCCCUGUUGGAGGAAGAUAAGAAAGACCUAGCCUCUCAUAAGCAAACCUUUUUUGAAAAAAAUAAGAAAGUAAAGGAUGGCCCAUAUUUUCAUCACUUCCUGCUCAGCCAGACUGAGAAGCCAUGUUCUUCCAUGGAGCCCAUCAGCAAAAGACUGAAGAUUAUUGAGGAGGCUGCAUCAACAUCUAUUCAAGCGGCAGACAGCACAGCCAUUAAUGGUAGCAUUACACCUACAGAUAAAAGGAUCGGGUUCCUUGGAUUAGGACAUAUGGGAAGUGGAAUAGUUUCUAACCUGUUAAAAAUGGGCCAUGUUGUCACCGUGUGGAAUCGCACGGCAGAAAAGUGCGACUUGUUCAUCCAAGAGGGAGCCACAUUAGGGCGUACACCAGCAGAAGUCGUGUCCAUGUGUGAUAUAACCUUUUCCUGCGUGUCAGACCCAAAAGCUGCUAAAGAUCUAGUUCAAGGCCCCAGCGGAGUGCUUCAGGGAAUCCGACUAGGGAAAUGCUAUGUGGAAAUGUCCACGGUUGACCCGGAAACAAUCGCUGAACUGUCGCAGGGCAUCACAUCUCGAGGGGGUCGGUUCCUGGAGGCCCCAUUGUCAGGCAGCCAGCAGCUGUCUAAUGAUGGGAUGUUGGUUAUUUUAGCUGCUGGUGAUAGAACUGUAUAUGAAGACUGCAGCAGCUGUUUCCAAGCUAUUGGAAAAACAUCUUUCUUCUUGGGUGAAGCGGGGAAUGCUGCAAAAAUGAUGCUAAUCCUUAGUAUGGUACAAGGCAGCUUUAUGGCAACAAUUGCAGAGGGUUUAACAUUGGCUCAGGUCACUGGUCAGUCGCAGCAAACAUUCCUGGACAUUCUCUGUCAGGGACAAAUGGCAAGCACCUUCCUGGACCAGAAAUGCCAAAAUAUCUUGCAGGGCAACUUCAGACCUGACUACUAUUUGAAGCACAUUCAGAAAGAUCUUCGGUUGGCAAUUUCAGUGGGUGAUUCGGUCAAUCACCCAACUCCAAUGGCUGCAGCAGCAAAUGAGGUCUAUAAGAGGGCAAAAGCCCUGGACCAGUCUGACAACGACAUGUCGGCAGUGUACAGAGCUUAUAUUCACUGAAUCUUACAAUGGGUUUCAGACUUUCCUCCAUAUAUGUAUACACUUCAAUAUAAUUUUUAUAUUUACUUUUUUAUGAAUCUGCUCAGAUUCUGCCUAUUUGGCAGCAGUGAUAUUUCUUCCCAUAUGCGAUGGGAACUGUUUGUAAGCCUAAGUAUUGCACUGACUUUGUACUAGAGUAAUUGCUUAUUCAGCUCCUCAGUGUUUAUAAUAGGGUGAAAUGCAGUAUCUCUUGUAUUAAAUGUAUACCUUUUAUUCAUUGCACUCAUUUUUAAAGGGGAUUAAGGUUGACUUGUCAUUCAUGGCCACUCAUGAGUUCUAUUAUUUAAAUUUGCUAUCUGUACUCUCCUAUCUUCGUCCAGGGUGAUGUAAAUUAGAAAAUUGUUUAUAUUGAGAGCUGGCUCAAGAGGCAUCAAGAAAAUACCAUUUCAAUGCCUUAAUAUUGUAACCCACAUGAGAUGUAUUUAUUUAAUUUUCUGAGGCUUAAUUCUCCAAUACAGAAAACAGGGGAAAUUACAUUCCCAUAUCUUGCAAUUGUAGCAUAUCCAAUGCCUUAAAAUAUAAUACAUUUAUAGUUAACUGUUAAGGAAACUUACAUGGGGUAGUUGAUGUUCAAAAUAUGUGCAAAGUAUUAUAGUAUCUUUGUACUAUCAAUUAUUAGAAUUUAAACCUAUGAACUCUUAUUUUAUAAUUUCAUUAUGGACUGUAUAUCAUUGAAUGAAUUGCAAUGAAUAGUUUCCUGUGUAAAUGUUGCCAAAUCCUUACCCACCCCAUCUCUAAUGAUGUGCUGCUAGUUCAGCUGCAUUUGACAUUUUGUGCUUUAACACUUGUGCUGUUAUUCACAGCACAUGAAAUGGAACAGUGUACAUGUAUUUUAUCCAGAACUCACCAAUGCCAUUCCACCUUUGAAAUAAAAAAACCUGUAUGUUUGGGAGUUGUGUACACCCAUAAAAAUAUACGUAAUGCAAAGUAUACUCUAGAAAUUGAGCAUGCAUUUUUAAAGGAUAUUAAUUUUGGUUAUUAAUGGUAUAAUGGGUGGCAUUGGAUUGAAUUUGGAAAAUAUUUUAUCAUAUUUAAUAAAGUAAAACAAUAAUACUUAGGAAACAUUGUGGGCUUUACUUUCUGUAAGUGUCUUGUUAUUUUAUAGGUAAAUUUUCACCUCUAUAAAAUAUGUAUAAUGUUAAUGCAUUGUUAGAAAUAUUUGUUUUAACUGACUAUCAUUUUAGUCAGCCUAGUUUUAUGUAUUCCAAUAAACCUUUCCCUUGUACAUUUUCAAGGAUAUGCAUUUGUCAAAAUAAUUCUAAACUGCAUAAGCUUGUUUCAGUUAAGUGAUAUGGCUACUCUGUAAUUCUGAAAUAUACAAUCUGUUGUGUGUAUGACUAGUGUUAUUCUGUGUUCCAUUUUCCUUAUUUUGUCAACAUGCUGAAUAAAAGAACAGGUUUAUGUA